CCCUCCCACCCACCACCAUCACCAACACCUCCCCUCCCUCCUCCCCCUCCCUCCCACCCACCACCACCACCAACACCUCCCCUCCCUCCCUCCCACCCACCACCACCACCACCAACAACUCCCCCUCCCUCCCUCCCUCCCUCCCCCUCCCCCCCUCCCUCCCUCCCACCCUCCCACCCACCACCACCACCAACACCUCCCCUCCCACCACCACCAACACCUCCCCUCCCUCCCUCCCUCCCACCCACCACCACCACCAACAACUCCCCUCCCUCCCUCCCUCCCUCCCACCCACCACCAUCACCAACACCUCCCUCCCCCUCCCCUCCCUCCCACCCACCACCACCACCACCACCAGCACCACCACCAACACCUCCCCCACCAACACCUCCUCCCCCUCCCUCCCUCCCUCCCUCCCUCCCUCCCUCCCACCCACCACCAUCACCAACACCUCCCCUCCCUCCCUCCCACCCACCACCACCACCACCAACAACUCCCCUCCCACCACCACCAACACCUCCCCCUCCCUCC